GUGCAUCUAAACUCAGCUGAAACCAGCUGGUCUUCUGCACCUGCUUCUCUAUGAGGAUGAGAAGAUGACCCUUCACAGCUGGCAGACCUUCCAAAUCCUGGCAGUCAUCCUGCUCAUGCUGUCCACAGCAGCUCAUUCAGCACACUUCCGGGUCUGCGAGCCAUACUCUGACCAUCGGGGGAGAUACCACUUUGGCUUCCACUGCCCCCGCCUCUCAGACAACAAGACCUACAUGUUCUGCUGCCAGCACAACAAUACGGCAUUUAAGUAUUGCUGCAACGAGACAGAGUUCCAGAAUGUUAUGCAGGUCAACAUGACCAUCAACCCAGAUGGCUUCUCACAACAAAACUACAGCGCCCUCAUCGGAGUGUGGGUGUACGGUUUCUUCAUCAUGGUGCUGCUGGCCCUGGACUUUCUCUACUAUUCUGCCAUAAACUACGAGCUGUGCAGAGUGUACCUCGAAAAGUGGGGACUAGGUGGCCAGUGGCUGAAACAAGCCAGAAGCCAGUGGAGCAGCCCCGAAAGGCAGAAUUCCAAGCUUCCUGCUCAUCCCGAAUUUCAGUCACCCCACUCUGUCAACCCCAGACAUGAGCAUGGAGGAGAAGCAGAGAGCCCCUCGCUUAUACACCAACACGCUUCUACAGCCUGAGGAAGACCUAGGAGGAAGGUAAAAUACAAGGUGGAUCAAGAUGGAACUACAACACUGGUCCAUCUUUAGAGAGACAGUUUGGCCAGUUUGGGCCAGUGCCUCCAGGUGUCUGCUUGUCCUGCAUGGCACCUAAUGAACCCAGUCCAGUGACCCUGGACAAGGCAGGAAGUAUGUGGACAAGAUGACUGCAUUCAACACAGUCCACCAACCCAACUUGGAAAGAUUGCCCACCAGAGUCCCUUCAAUCA